UAUGAAACUCCCCCAGCCCACUUCCACUUCCAUUCUAAACGUCACUGCUUCACCUCCCAUUUCCUCCUCCGCCCUUCAAAGAGGCCAUCUCUGACCUUUUUGACACUGACAGUACCUCUCUUAUACUCCUGAUUUAUCACGACAGCAGCUGGCUGCACCACCUAAUCAACUGCGAUAGCAACAGAGCAUUGCGCUCACCCCUCAGACCUUCAAUUACAGCUCAAGUCAUACUCUGAGGUUCGAUACCGACUCCUCAACCUACAUCAAGCAAGCCCAUCGCGCAAUAGGCGCAACUUCAUCCCGCUCGAAUAAUCAUCGAUGAGACACUCUACGAACAUAUUAGCUACAAAAGAAACACUUUGACAUAACACAUCAUGGCGUCUUGGUACUCAAACCUCGUCCAGAAGACAUCUUCUCAAAUCUCCUCCCUCCGCCAGAAUCUUCUCUCCAGCGAACAAGACGGCGACUCCGAAGACGACACUCACGUCUGCCGCGUUCUUCGUGGCUACUACACAGAAAAGGGGCGCCCAUUCCCCCCAUGGCUGCCCGUGGAUCCCAAGGCACCAGCCCAACAACCCAUACAGCCCGUCAUGACACCACAAGCCGGCCAGCGCCCCGGCGCUCCAGGUCAGCAACACGGCGGUCUGAGUAGUCUAUGGGACAACGGACCCCAACAGCCACAACAACAAGCGCCUCAGAGCCUUCGGGCUGGAGGUGGACGAACACCCGCAUCGCUGCAACCUGGAGGCGGCGGUGGUGAUAUUAAUAGGCGACCACUGCCAAGUCAGCAGCGCGCGGGUAGCUACCAGAGCACGAGCGGUCAAUUCGGUAGGCCCGAAACGGCCAGCGUGCCACCUGGUGGUGCUUCGGGAGGCGGAGGCGGAGGAUCUGCGCAAGAUAGAUUACGACAGAGGCUUUGGGGAGGAGGAUCUAGAACAACGAGUCCUCAGGCUGGAAGUCAAGGACCUUUCAAUCCUCCCGGUGGAAAUAAUGGAGGAGGUGGUGGCGGCGGCGGCGGUUAUGAAGACCGAUUUGCGCCAGGCGGAAUGUAUGAUCAAGCAGGUGGCGGCGGUAACGCUGGGUUGAGGAGAGGAGGCUUGCCCAGCGGACCGAGGGGAUACAGAUAAAGCCCCUUCUUGUAAUAAGAAGUGAAGCAUACGUUGGAUGUCUGGCGUUUACGUUCUUUGAGAGGAUAGACCGGCGUUUUUACCUGGUAACAAGCACUUUUGUUUACUUGAUGUUAUGUCCCGCACCAAGGAAUCGUGAUAUGCAUCUUGUGUAUUCAGACCCGGUGGUAGCAAAGGGCUUCUUAUAUAUAUCAGAACAUUGCUAACUUACCGUCAUACCAUGAACUCCUUGCCAGAAAUUACUGAAACCAAUAAAUCCCCAAAACAUAAAAAUACAUGCAGUAGACGUUAAUCAAUAGAACCUCAACUACUUGUUCUCAGAUA